AUCAGUUGGAACUGGAAGGUCACACUCGGCCCCUCAGCAAAAACCCAACCUUAUCCCCCUUCGCUUCGCUCUUUCAAUCCUUCUUCUUCUCAGAUAUCCCUCUCUAAUGAACCCACCAGAAAUGAUUUUCAGUACAUUACGUUGAUUAAAAAUGUCAGCUUCUUCUCUCUCAAUGGCUGCAACUGUCGCUUCUAUUGCCUUCUCUUCUUCUUCUUCGGCUUCGCUUCCUCUUUCCUGCAAACUCUCCCAUCUCUCAAGCCCCAACCACUUCACAUUUCAACCAAAGCCCACUAAACCUCCAAAACUCAAAACCCAAUUCCCUAAUCGCCCUCCUUUCUCUCUCCUCUCUCACUCCCUAAUCUUCCGAGCCUCAGCAGCAUUUGACAGCCAUGAAUUCAUCCAAAACACAGAACCACUCGAAACAGAUCAAGAAGAAGAAGAAGAUGAAGAGGGUGAAGCUGUUGAGUCACAAUCAGCUGAGGCUGGUAGGCUAUACGUGGGCAAUUUGCCAUAUGCAAUGACUUCUUCUCAAUUGGCAGAGGUUUUUGGGGAAGCCGGUCGUGUUGUUUCUGUGGAGAUUGUUUAUGAUAGAGUUACGGACAGGAGCCGCGGAUUUGCAUUUGUUACGAUGGGAAGUGUUGAAGAAGCAAAGGAGGCCAUUGUGAUGUUUGAUGGUUCUCAAGUCGGAGGUCGAACUGUGAAGGUGAACUUCCCAGAGGUGCCAAGGGGAGGUGAAAGAGAAGUAAUGGGACCAAUGAUACGAGGGAGCUACCAGCGCUUUGUAGAUAGCCCUCACAAAAUCUAUGCAGGGAACCUUAGCUGGGAUGUUACUUCCCAGAGUCUUAGAGAAGCAUUUGCAGACCAGCCAGGACUGCAGAGUGCAAAGGUCAUCUAUGACAGGGAUUCGGGAAGAUCCCGAGGUUUUGGGUUUGUCACUUUUGCAUCUGCUGAGGAAGUGGAAGCUGCCCUCAAUGCCAUGAAUGAAGUGGAGAUGGAAGGCCGGCCUUUACGUUUAAAUUUAGCCGAGCAAAGAGCUUCCCCUACUCAACCAGCACGGGAAAGAAACUUUGGAAGUGAUUCAGAAAACAGUGAAAUGCUUUCUAGCAUUAGCAGCACCUAGGGACGAAAAGACGAGUGGAAAUGCUAAUCAGUUUUUCCUCUGGAGGGCUAACGGAGAGUUGAGAUACAAGCAAUAAGUGGAUCGUCCAGCACCUCUAACCUUUGGCUAUCUAUGUUCUGGUCUUUGAAUUGGUUUAUGCAGGUGGAGGAACAAAAGAUGAUUGACCAGAUACCUCAUUAAUUGGAGGCCUACAUUAACUAGGCUAUCUGGGCAUAAAGUGUGGUUGUCACCAAAUUUUAAAUAGUCUAGAGCUGUCUGUGUAUGUAUGAGAAUUUUUUCACAAUAGACUGAACUUGUUGCCUGCUCUGUUCCAGAUUAGCAUCUGUAUGAGCACUUUAAAAAACCCGAGAUUUUGUCUGAAAUGCUGCAGAAUUCUUGAUUAUUGUUGUAGCAUGGCUUGAUCAAAUUCAACUAGGAUUCCUUUCCUGUACCCUCUUCAGGUCACAGAUCAGCUUGAUGGUAUGAAGUAUCCCCACCAACCAAAGGAAAUAAAGCUAUGUUAAG